AUGGCAUCCGAUAGCGAUAGCAGCUCAAGCAGGUCGACCUCGCCCGAGCCUACGACUAAGCAAGAAAAGAACAUGAAGAAACUCUCGAAGGCACAGGAAUCAAGCUCAGAUGAGACCUCGAGCUCGUCGGGCUCAGACUCUGACAGCGACUCGGACAGCUCCAGUGAAAUGAAGCCUACAACCUCGGGCGAGAAGGUCUCAAUCUCCGGUCCUCAGCCCUACAAGCCCCCCGCGGGCUUCAAGUCAGCAAAGAAGCAAGCCCCGCCAUCCUCCAAAACUUCCUCCCUUCUCUCCAACCUCAAUGGCAAACAAAUCAUCCACCUCACAGCCCCUGCCUCUCUCCCAUUGUCCAAAGUCAAAGAGGUGACCAUGUCCAAGGUGAUGCAGGGCGAGCCGAUCCUCAGCCACGACGGCAUGAACUACGGUAUCCCCACCGAAUCUUUCUCAGAGGCCGGCCUCCCCAACAAGUCGCUUCUCGUUUUUGACGAGAAGUCACAAACAUACCGCACCGCAGCCGCUAGCAUCCCCAGUUUCCACGUCCAGGAAUUGAUCGAUCUCCCAAGCUCGGAAAAAACAGACGCCGCAGUGGCAGCACUGCGCGAGGUAGUCAAGCCCGCCAGGCCUCAACCAAAGCACCUGAAGAUGCGAUUCCGACCUGUCGGAACUGCCGCUGCUGGCCCAGAGACCUUCGGCUCCAGCUCGGAAUCCGAAGCUGAAGUGCCUUCGUUCAAGGUGCCCAAGGGAGAGGAGCGCAAGCGGAAGCAUGAUCACACUGAGGCUGAUGCUGAUGCUCCUCAAGCGGCGGCUGUGCCUCGCAAGAAGUCAAAGAAGCGCUCGCAAGAGAAUGGCGAUGAAGAGACAAGGCCUAAGAAGUCUAAAAAGUCCUCCAAGGACAAGGAGGAGAAGAAGCGGAAAAAGUCCGAGAAGGCAUGA